UUACCUAACGACGUGAAAAAAUUGGUGUAAGAGAUGAGUGUUUAGAAAUUGUACCAGCUGAAAAUGUACAGGAAAAUACUGUUGAAAUAAUUAAACAAGAAAGAAGAAGGUAAUCAAAAUUAUAUAAAUGCUCGAUUUCGUUCACCACUUGCCAAUUAUUUACCACAUUUGAUUCCAUCUCAAGUAAAGCCAUCGACACGUUAG